CUGUAGUAUUAGAUGAUUGCAUGUUCGCGGCCCACUUUCUCAGGCGUGACUAAAGGGUAUCCUAUAGCUUAACGCCGUUAUUUUUCUUAAUUUUUUUGCAUGCACUGAAAAGAAUAUAAUAUUUUACAUCCCUCUAAUGUCAAGUAUCCUUCAAAUAAGUCGAUAUGUCCUUUUUAUGACUUUUCCAAAAUGUGGAAAAAAGGUGCAUUUGCAACAUGUAAUGUUAGGCGAAUUUAGGAAAGGUCCAAGUCGUGGACUUCCACGGAAAAGCAUUUUAAGCGUUUAUAUAGAUCAUGUUCUUCCUCUUAGAAUAAUUAAAAGGUGUCUUGGAAAAUUGCGAAAUAGGGAUUUAUCCUUCUUAAGAUCAAAUUUAUUUUAAACGGGCUCUAACGUUGAUGAUGAUAUUGUGAGUAUCCUAAUGAAUGAAAGUCUGUGGAUAACAUUUGAAAACAUUGUUAAGAUAUUGGAAAACAAUAAUUCAACCAUAUUUUACCAUCUAAAAAGGAUUGGAUACGUUUCCAAGAUCGAUACACGAGUUCCAAAUUUUUUGACUGAAAUAAGGUGAACCGAACGAAUGUGACCAUUUUUCUCCUCGUUUAUUAUGAUAAAUAUUCUUAUUUGGACCGAUUUAAAACAACUGAUGAAAAACGGAUUCAAAUCAACAACAUAUAGUCGAAAAGAUCCUGAAAAAAAAAUAAUCAAGCCUGUUGCAAAAGCUGAUGUGCAUCUCACGGUGGUAAUGUUACAAAACUUGAUAAGAUUUCAGAUAAAUUAUUCACUUUAGGCUACUCCAACGCGGCAACACAAUUAUAGAAGACAAGAUAUGUGAAAAUUUUGUUAGAUUUAAUAAACUUUUUUAAAGAAAAAGUCCUUUUUUGGCCAAAAGAAGAAGCAUAAUCUUCCAAGACAACAACGCGAAAUCGUGUGUCUCCUUAUAACAGAUGCUGCCAAAAUACCAAAGGGUUUGCAAUGGAGAAUUCUUGAGCACCUAGAAUAUUCUUCAAGUAUUAAGCCUACCGGUUACUACAUAUUUCCUCCAAUUUCUAUCGAAUGAUUAUAGGUGCAAAAAUAUGAACUUCCCAAAAGCUGUCAAAAACCACUUUUUGAACUAUCUUUAAGAAAAAAGUCUUUUCUUUAAAAAAAAAAUGGAACUGAUAAGCUUAUAUAUCUUUAGAGGACAAGUGUUAAGAUCAAUUGAGACUAUAUUCUUGAUUAUAUAAAUUAUAUUUAUGAAUGGGUGGCAGACGAACUUAUGUAAUCAUCCAAUAUAACAUUCUCUUUGUAUUUACUUUAUGAUUGUUUUCCUCAAUUCCGAGAUAAAAAUAAAUGUCAAAUAUUCAAAUCGACCUCCAAAUCUGAUUCAUAAUCUUCGCUAAAGAUCUUUCAUUUGAAAUUGUCGCUUUUUUACAGCCUUUAAAGUUAUAUGUAACUAACCUCACUAUAACGAGAUUGCAAUGGAAAUGUUAAAGGUGUUUAAGAUUUAUUCAAUACCAAAAUUAAUGGGAAGGAACUUUUAAACCUUUAAAUGCAAAAAAAUCGAGGCAAGAUUGAAUUAAAUGCAGUAUUAAGUAAGCAUAAUCCCUCGAUUUUUAAACCCUACCCCCCAAUUUCCACCUUCUAUCCCCCGGAGAUCACAUUUCUCAACACACCGAUUAAACUAGGAUGGUAAAAUUUACCAUCCUACAUACAAAGCCAAGCAAAUACGAAAUUAUAUCGGACUGUCAAAAAAUUGUAGAAUACACGUGCUCGCCUUUAGAAUUACCAAUCCUAUAUGGAGAGUUAAUUCUAUUAGCCGGAUGGUAAAUCUGUGUUAUUUGUAUAUAAAUGUUCAAGUUUGCCACAAUGACAAUUUGGAAUGAAGGAAUCACCCCUCUACAAGCUGAUCUAGGCUUAUCAUUAGCUUUUAUGUCUGCAGAGGGAAUCGUGGUUACAUAAUUGAAAUUUGUGAGCUUUUUCUUUAGCUAUUUUUCUAGACUAUGAUAAUGUGUCGGGGAAAGGGAAGUAAUGUUGUGAACAAAGUGCAAAAAAUGAUUGAGUGCGUAAUAUAUAAUAUCAUUAAAUAUUAUAUGUACAAGUGCAAGCUUCACUGGGUGAACCAGCGAAGGAAGGAGACGAGGCAGCUAUAUAACUGAAAAUAUGUUGGGUUUAGCUUGUGCGCGCCAAGUGGCAAAACUUGAGACUCUCCCACUUUAGUUGUGGUCCGUCAAUUGCACGCGACGGUUAAAGCAAACGAAUCGAAUAAUUCAUACAAUAUUCGAUUUGGUGGCUUUUAUUUCCUUUAAACAAUCCAUAAUAAAAAUCUUAAUGUGUAUUGGAAAAUUUUUAUCCCACUAUUAAAUAGCCUAAUACGAAUUUUUACUUAGCAACAUCUGAUUUUGAAUUACUAGCGUCAUCUUAUCAAUUUUUUUUAUUUGAUACCAUUUUAUGGACAAAUUUUGACGAUUUAAAAGCAGUGAAAGUUGCACAGAUGUGAUAAAAGAAACUCACCUGAAAUAGCUUAAAAUUAUACAUUUUCUUUCGGUAGCACUAUUUAAUUUCAAAUGAAGUGAGAUUUUAUUGUAUCAAUUUAAUCUUUUUUCUUAUUAAAAAGCAUAUAUUAAAAUUAAAAACAAAAACUAUUUGUGAUUUUAAUUAUUAAUUUAAACAAAUUUGAGAAACAAGAUCAAUGAUUUUUUUUAUAAACUGUUCGUGUGUGACAAAGUGGGUCAAAUUGUUGUGAAACCGAUUUAAAAGCAUCUUGCUGAACUGUUCAAUUGAAACAUUUGAAUAUGGUAAAAAAGUGACCAAUUAAGUUGAAGGAAAAACGUGGAUUUAUGUAAAUGUGACUUUUAUUAUUAGUAUAUAAUUAGUGGAUGAAAUAAGAAGACUUUUUCAAUUAUAUCGUUCGCUAACAUUUUCUGAAAUUCACCAACAAAUGAAAUUUGAAAUUAUUAGUAGUGAUAACUAAUUCAGUCUUGUGAUUUUUUGAAAAGAAUGUUUAGUUUAUAUUUUGUUUAAAAAAAAAUGUCUGAGACCUCAAAAAGUUAGCAUAUAAUUAAGAAAAAAAACAGGAAAUAUUCUGAGACAAGCAGCAAAGUGAAAAAAAUGUCAUUUCGAUCAAAACAAGGUUACUUUUUGUAGUUUUUUUUUAAACUAAAAAUCAUUAAUUAAACACGAUUUUAACUUAAACAGUUCAAAUAAGUUAGUGGAAAAAGUUAUCAAAUAUAUAAUGAAGUUUUGUAUAAUAUACCGUUCAAAUUGCAAGGGUUAUCAAUUUUUCAUUCAAAAAGCACAUUAAUCUAAUUUAUGUGUAUUUGUGCUCAACCAAAAUGGCUUGCCUAUCGGAUAUUGACUUGGCGACUUUGCACAAGACACGUCUUGAGGAAAAAAUUAAGUACAAAUUGUCGUGGUGCGCUCCAAGGCAUAUAUUGAUGAAGCACCUUAAAGAAGUUCCUACUAUAUUGAAUGCACAGACGACAACUCAAGUGCAACAAAGUGUCUCUAGGAAAAGCAUCACACCACGUGAUCAUGAUAAUCGGACGCAUGAUGUGAUAUAUGAAAACAUUAAUUGUAUAGAUAAUGAAUUCCGCAAAGAUUACUUCACGUCAUCCACAAGAAGGAAACGCUCUGGAACGUGGCCGCGUACAAGAAGCCUCAAUGCACCGUCACCGUUUCAACAAUUUGGACCAUGUGGACGUAUAAUGAAAAACUCGGCGAUGGUUAUGCAAAUACAAGAUCCGGCCAGUCAACGGUUAACAUGGUAUAAGCCACCGCUAGCCGUACUCGUUAUCAAGAAGGUUCGUGAUUCAACAGUACUGCCACCUUUUGUCCAACUUGUUGAAUGGCUUAUUCAGGAAAAAAAUAUGGUAGUUUGGGUGGAGUCGGCUGUAUUGGAAGAUCCACUCCUUCUCGAAGACAAGAGAUUCCACAAGAUUAAGGACAAAUUAGUUACAUUCAAAGACGGAAAGGAUGACCUGACGGACAGGAUAGACUUCAUUGUGUGCCUCGGGGGCGAUGGGACACUUUUGUAUGCAUCACUCCUGUUCCAGAAGUCUGUUCCGCCUGUGAUGGCAUUCCAUUUGGGCUCUCUGGGUUUUCUUACACCAUUCCAGUUUGACAAUUUCCAGGAACAAGUGACCAAUGUUCUAGAGGGUCAUGCAGCACUUACUCUUCGAAGUCGUCUGCGGUGUAUGAUUGUGCGCAAAUCUGCCAAAAUGGAUUACGAUUAUCUUCCUAUGUUGGAGAAUAUACAUGGUUCACAUGAUGGUUCUACUAACAUUCUUGUGCUCAAUGAAGUGGUGAUUGAUCGUGGACCAAGUCCUUAUCUUAGCAACAUUGACCUAUUUCUUGAUGGCAAGCACAUCACAUCAGUACAGGGUGAUGGAUUGAUUGUUUCCACGCCAACCGGAAGUACAGCUUAUGCUGUAGCUGCAGGAGCCUCCAUGAUUCAUCCUUCAGUUCCUGCCAUUAUGGUAACUCCCAUUUGUCCACACUCGCUCAGUUUUCGUCCAAUUGUCGUGCCCGCUGGUGUUGAGCUAAAGAUAUCGAUUUCCCCGGAUAGUCGUAAUACUGCAUGGGUGUCUUUCGAUGGUCGUAAUCGGCAAGAACUUCUUCACGGCGACAGCCUCAGAGUGACAACAUCAAUAUAUCCAGUGCCAAGUAUUUGUGCUCAGGAUCAGAUCUCGGACUGGUUCGAUUCGCUAGCUGAGUGCCUUCAUUGGAAUGUGCGAAAACGACAAAAGUGCCUUGACGAGUUAUCUGAUCUCACGGGAUCUGGAUCUGAGGAUACACUUGAUGAGCUUGUCGUUGAUGGACACUAAGCCAAAACAACGAAUUGUAAACUUUUUCUAAAGUUACUAGUAUUUUUUCGAACGGGGCAACUCAAUCAUUUUUUUUUCAAAAACCGUUUCACAAAAAACAACUACAAUGAAUUAUUAA